AUGGACCAAGACUACGAGCUCAUCGUCGCGGCGGGCCUGCACACACCUCCUCAGGCUGCCGUCCCGCGUUGCAAGUCCGUUCUCCUGCUGUACGACUGCUCCUCGAUUCCGAUACCCGAUCUUGCCUACAAGCUCGGUAAUCUGGGUCACGUAGUGGUGCUGCCAGCGAUGACGGCGCCCGAUCCUGCGUACCAAGGCAGGACCUACUUCUACGAAGCUGACGAACCUUUCGCGAGACCGAAGCCAAAGACGGAGACGGCGAUUCUCGACUUUGCCCAUCAACGUACGGGAAAACGCGGCCUCUUCACCAUCAUCGUGCUAGGCCCUCCCCAGGUGCAGGAUGCCCAUCGUCUCCCCAGCCUGCUCGUCGACUGGUCGGGAUUCUCUUUCAACUUGGUCAGCGAAGCCCAUCGGCGCGGACCUCGUGAACAUUGGAGGGCCUGCUUCGAGCGGUACGAGGACGCUCUCGAACGCCGCCGCAACGGUGUCGACUGGUACACCUAUCAUCUCGACGCUCUCAACGGCAUCCGCGGCAUCUCGUGGAAAGACGUUGACGAGCCAAACGUAGACCGGGCAGCAGACGAGCGGCGCAACCUGGAAAGCCAUCUCCUCCUUCAGGCCACCGUCCUGCAUCGACCCGUCGCUAUGAGCCAUCUGCGUUCGAGAAUCUCCAGACUGACGGGUCUCCGGGCCAGCGAUCCGUGUCUGGACAACUCCGACCGACUGUUUCUCUGUUUCAGCUCUCUUAGACGAUGGGAACUCGGACUCGAGAGGCCAUCUGAACUACCAUAG